AUGUGGAACAAAGUGCCUGGUCGCUUGGGCUCGGAGUACCUGGCAUCGGGAAUCCCGCCUCCACCAACGCGUAACGUAGGCAGCAAGCUGCAGCCUUUCCUGCAGCCUUUCGGGGGCUCUGGCAGCGACAUCUCAGCGUGCCGGGAGAAGCCAGACUGGGACCUGGAGAGGGCUCCGACUGGACUAGUUGGAGGGCACGAAGUUGUAGUGAAAGGACAUGGAGGAGUGAAUCAGCUUGGGGGGGUUUUUGUGAACGGACGGCCACUCCCGGAUGUAGUCCGCCAAAGGAUAGUGGAACUUGCUCAUCAAGGUGUCAGGCCCUGCGACAUCUCCAGGCAGCUUCGGGUCAGCCAUGGUUGUGUCAGCAAAAUCCUUGGCAGGUAUUAUGAGACGGGGAGCAUCAAGCCUGGGGUAAUUGGAGGAUCCAAACCAAAGGUUGCCACCCCCAAAGUGGUGGAAAAAAUAGCUGAAUAUAAACGCCAAAAUCCCACUAUGUUUGCCUGGGAGAUCAGGGACCGACUGCUGUCAGAACGAGUGUGUGACAAUGACACGGUGCCCAGCGUCAGUUCCAUCAACAGGAUCAUCCGGACAAAAGUACAGCAGCCACCCAACCAGCCAGUCCCAGCUUCCAGUCACAGCAUUGUGUCCACGGGCUCCGUGACGCAGGUGUCCUCGGUGAGCACGGACUCCGCUGGCUCUUCGUACUCCAUCAGCGGCAUCCUGGGCAUCACCUCUCCCAGCGCUGACACCAACAAGCGUAAGAGAGAUGAAGGUAUUCAGGAGUCUCCGGUGCCAAAUGGUCACUCGCUGCCGGGCAGAGAUUUCCUCCGGAAGCAGAUGCGGGGAGACCUGUUCACACAGCAGCAGCUGGAGGUGCUGGACCGCGUGUUUGAGAGGCAGCACUACUCGGACAUCUUCACCACCACGGAGCCCAUCAAGCCCGAACAGACCCCUGAGUAUUCCGCCAUGGCCUCCCUGGCUGGAGGGCUGGACGACAUGAAGGCCAACCUGACCAGCCCCACCCCUGCUGAUAUCGGAAGCAGCGUGCCUGGGCCGCAGACCUACCCCAUUGUGACAGGCCGAGACUUGGCGAGCACAACCCUUCCUGGGUACCCUCCGCACGUGCCCCCCGCCGGACAGGGCAGCUACUCAGCACCGACGCUGACAGGGAUGGUGCCUGGGAGUGAGUUUUCCGGGAGCCCCUACAGCCACCCUCAGUAUCCCUCCUACAACGACUCCUGGAGGUUCCCCAACCCAGGGCUGCUCGGCUCCCCAUACUAUUACAGCGCUGCUGCCCGAGGAGCUGCCCCGCCGGCAGCCGCCACUGCCUACGACCGUCACUGA